UCUAAUUUCUCACGAAUCGGAUACCCGAUACUUCGCCGACAACCAACAAUGGCUUCGCCACCCUCGCUUUCUCUCCACGCCGAAUGAAUGACGAAGCAGUUGUGCGCGCAGCAGUGCAAAACGACGACAAUCGACUUCUAACUCCGUCAUUCAACCUCUAACCAGGCAAGAAACGCCUUUUCCCUUCUCACUUUCACCAAUCACAGCGAAAUCAGAGAGUGACAAGAAGACACCUUCAUGGACACGUGCUACUCCCCCACAUAGCUCUAUUGCAUGGCGAGAUAACGUGCCGCGAUGAUCUUUCUUUUUAAAUUCAUGUCCUGCAUGCUCAUUCCAUCUCUCAUCCUUUCCAAUGGCGAGGUUUUCGGCUUCUCGUUUAGUUAUCUUUCCUGCUUUGCUCUGCAUGCUGGUUCUCUCCCGAGCCGACGUGAUUCGGAUGCCGUCGAAGGGAUCUUCCUUCGACGGUGAGGAGGAAGCGGGGACGAGUUGGGCGAUUCUUGUGGCUGGUUCUUCGGGCUACGGUAAUUAUCGUCAUCAGGCGGAUGUGUGUCACGCGUAUCAGAUAUUGAGGAAAGGGGGUUUGAAGGAGGAGAAUAUUGUGGUGUUUAUGUUCGAUGAUUUGGCGAACAAUCGGCUUAAUCCGAGGCCUGGUAUCAUCAUCAACCACCCCCACGGCGAGGACGUUUAUGCAGGCGUCCCGAAGGAUUACACCGGCAAGCAAGUUACUGUUAAAAAUCUGUAUGCAGUUCUGCUUGGUAACAAGAGUGCUCUCGAUGGUGGAAGUGGUAAGGUUGUGGAUAGCAAGCCAAAUGAUCGGAUAUUUAUAUACUACUCUGAUCAUGGAGGUCCUGGUGUUCUAGGAAUGCCAAACUUGCCAUACCUCUAUGCCGAGGAUUUUAUCAGUUUGCUACAGAAUAAAUAUGAAUCCAAUAGCUACAGAGAAAUGGUUAUCUACGUCGAAUCAUGCGAAAGUGGUAGUAUGUUUGAAGGUAUGAUGUCAGAAGACCUUAAAAUAUAUGUGACUACUGCUUCAAAUGCAGAAGAAAACAGUUGGGGAACAUACUGCCCAGGGAUGGUUCCCCCUCCUCCUCCUGAGUAUUCGACUUGCCUUGGGGAUUUGUAUAGUGUGUCUUGGAUGGAAGAUAGUGAGAGCCAUAAUUUAAAGCUGGAAACAAUAGAGAAGCAAUACCGAACAGUGAAGGCAAGGACAUUGAAUUUUAACACUUCUAAUGCUGGGUCACAUGUGAUGGAGUAUGGGACCAAAAGCAUCAAAGCUGAGAAGUUGUAUUUGUACCAGGGAUUUGAUCCUUCAAAUGCUAACAUCAGUGAUAAUAAUCUUCCACAAACCAUUAUGCCUUCAGAGGUCAUAAACCAGAGAGAUGCUGAUCUUCUUUUCAUGUGGAAAAUGUAUGAGCAGUUAGACGACAACUCAAAUAAUAAAACAGAGAUUCUCGAGGAAAUCACAACAACAAUGAAGCACCGUUUGCAUUUGGACAGCAGCGUUGAUUUUAUUGGAAAGCUGAUUUUCGGAUCAAUCAAGGGUCCAUCCAUCCUCAGAAGCAUUAGAUCCUCUGGUCAGCCAUUGGUUGAUGACUGGGAUUGCUUGAAAUCCAUGGUUCGCAUCUUUGAGUCCCACUGUGGCUCGCUCACGCAGUAUGGAAUGAAGCACAUGCGAGCUUUUGCAAACAUUUGCAACGAGGAAAUCUCCAUGGAUGCAAUGGAGGGAGCUUGUAUUAGUGCAUGUGGAGGCUAUAACUCUGCAAAAUGGAGCCCGCUGAGCCAUGGUUACAGUGCUUGAUCACAGCACAGGUAUGGAGUUUGGGUAAGCUUUAUAUAUAUGUAAAAUGCUUUGUUGAUUAGUAUGAGAUAACAGGGUCAAAUGCUUUGCUAUAGAAGUUUAUGCGUUAUCUAUUAAAAACAUGAACUGGAGAUGUUCUGCUUUGUAUAUUUUUGCUUCAGGUUUGUCUAUAAAGUAUUGAGUGUGCAGGUUUUUGUUUUUUUAA